AUGGGCACUGUGGUUGUUCCAAGCUCGGCCGGAAUCUUCCCGGAAAAUCAUGAAAAUGGUGCCAUCGGCCGGCCUCCCAAAGAGCUCGACGCCGGAGCUCUUUUUGUCUUGAAAUCACGAGGUGAGGCUCUGAGGGGUUUCUUUUUAGGCCACAGAUUUUCUGUUGUAGAAGAUCAUGUGCUACUUCCAAACCUACAUCGUUUUGGAAACGGUUUUCUCUGCCGAACAGCAGAGAGGAUCUCCGCUCUUCUUUUUAUGAUGUCUCUCUUCUUUUUAUGCUUAGAUAUUGAUGUUAAGGUUGUAAAAGAGAUUGCUGGUGUUGAUGGUAGGGUCAUGGCUGCACUGUGGGUAUCAUCUUACGACGGCAAUAGUGGCGCCGGCUCUUCUAAGCCUACCCUUUGCUUUCACCUUGUUGGGUUGGGUGGGAGGAGUCAUCUGCCUCACCGCGGCGGGGCUGGUGACGUUCUACUCGUAUAA